AUGUCCACUUGCGACGGAUUGGAAGUGAUUCCGACAAAGGCAAUGCGACUGCGGGGGCAAAUUACAGAAGAAUUUACACCAAUUGUAUUUCAGGAGAAGAAAAAUAGUUCAGAGAAAAACAAACACAGAGAACAUAACCUCAAAGAGAAAAAAAUUAUCAGCAAAGUCGAAAAUACGAAAGAGGAGAUUUUUGAUAUUCGCAGAGCUCGUCACGAUGUGAUAAAAUUUGGUUUAUCGGGCUUUGAGGAGGUUGAGAAGCAAAAAGCACAAAUUGCAAUGGCAAUAAAAUUGGGGGCUAAACCUCCAAAGAGAGAGUACAAGAACUACAAGGAAGUCCAAAAGGAGAGGAAACAAGCAAAGGAAACAGCAGCUCAGCAGGAAUCCUUUCAAACUUUGGGUAAAAAAUCCACCGGAGAAGCUCUUUUCAGUCACAAGAAAUUCACAAAGAAUCGACGAAAGCGAAAGGAUGGUGCUGAAGUUCUCAAGGAUUACGGGAAGAUUUCCUCAACAGAUAACCCCAUGACCUUGGCAACGACGAAGAGAAGGAAAAGGUAGAGACAUCUCUCGCAGGCACGAAAUACAUACAAUGAAUUAUAUUCUAUUUAUAAUUCUAUUCUAAUAAUAUAGACUUUAUUUCUCAAUUUGUGGUACACAAAAAUAAUGUGUUUUCUUAUAUAAAAUUUUUUCUGUUCUUUGAGAAGAGUCACAUUUUGUCUUGAUUUUAUCUGUUUUAAAAAUCAUCAAUUCCCAACAAGAUAUUCUUUUUUUUUACAUUUCACUAACUUCCUCCAUUCUCUCUCAAUUUUUUUUGUGAACAAACAAAUAAAAUCUUUAAAAAUUUCA